GAAUGUGCGUGUAGACCUUGCUAGGAGUUCUACGUGCGCACCGUCUUUUUUCUUCUGUUCUGCUAUUCACUUUCCUUUCGCCGCGACGGAGGCUGACGCCGUGAACAGCAACCAAAAGGUACAGAGAAAAACAGCACUACUCGCAGUUGCACCUCUUUGUUUUUUUCUAAACGCUUCAAUUUUCGAAGGUGGACUCGCGUUUGUUCCUCUCUUCCUGUAAGCUCGCCGCACACUUGAGUUUUUGCAUUUUUCGGGAGACGGUUCGUGGAAGCCGUUGGCGUUAUCGACACGUUUUGUGUAUAAAUUAAAAAGAGGGAUCUCCAGCGUUUGCAGCGCCAGAGCGGCAACGAUUUUCAUUUAUUUGUUUCCGCACACAUCGGCAACGGUCCGUCUCUCUUCCUGACUUGCUUUCGCACGUGUGUGUGUGUACGUUCUUCAUCGGUCUUCCUUCGUUUCGUGGGGAUCGGGACUGGCGAAAACGCGUAGAAAGAAGAGAGAAAAAAGAUAUACAUUGUGUGUGCUUUACACGUUAUUGUGGGCCGGUCACUGUUUCCAGUUUGGGCAACCUCACCAGUAACACAGCGUCAUUCUUGGGCUGCAACUCACAGUCUUCAUAUUUUUAUAUCCUUCCGUUGUAUCGCUCUUCCAACAAACAGGAAGCAAGCGGAAAUACGCAAAAGAUGAAGUGCACCAAAUGCGGUCGACGCCGCACGGCUCUCGUGGCCGUUGCGGUCCUGCUCGGGGCGUUGCUCACGCAAGCCGCCAUCACGUGCUACCUCGGCGUCUUCACCACUGCAGAGGGCGAGACAAACCUGUGGCAGCUGAACGCUGUGGCAUCAGGCAAGUGCUCCGGCGGUGUGCUGUCCUACGCCGUCACGAACGCGCACGGCAACGUUGCCAGCUUCCCGAAUGCUCAUCAGGGUGUCCUGCAGUUCAGGGCGGCGAACACGGGCAUGACCUCGGGUCGUCGUCAGACGCAGGUGGACGUCAGCGUGAUGUGCAACGGCGUCACCGCCGUGUGCGACAACGCGCUCGUCUACUUCAAGGUGCUCCCCGGCGCGACCACCUCGACCACGACGACGACCCCCGUCCCCUCCUCCACGACGUGCGUAACGCCGAUCCCCAUCACCGUGCCGAACUACGUCACGCACGUGGUGCCGUCGUCUGCCUUCACGAGCAGCUGCAGCGCACCAACGCUGACGAUUCAGUCGCAGACGGCUCCGAGCGGUGCCGCGACGUCACUCUUCAAGACGGAAGUGGUCGGCGGCACCUCGUCGUUGCUCUUCAACGAGGACGGCGUGAACGCCACGAGCGGCACCUACACCGCGACUGUCAGCGUGAAGUGCGGCACGUUGGCUCCGUGUGUAACGACGCAGCAGAUCGUUGUCGGCACGUCGCCCACCACCACUACUACUACCACCACCAGCACCACCACUUCGACACCAAGCCCGCUGGAGGCGUGCCCGGGCGACUACGCGUACUCGUUUGUGCUGAACGCGGACGGCACCUUCACCGCGCAGACCGCAAGUCUCGCCGACCGCGCUGCCGCCUCUGGCAAGUUCUGCACGUCGGGGGGCCGCAUCUCCAGCACCGUCGGUGCCGCGCGCACCGGCGUCGUGACUUCCAACCCGUCCGCCGGCACCUUCUCCUAUGCCUCGAACUCGGCCGUUGCCGGUGACGCCGUGGACUCGUUCGAUUUUGUGCUGACCUGCUCCGGCGAGGGGACGUCGUGCAGUGGCCGCACCGUCAUCUCCAUUGUGGGCCAGGACAGCGGCAAGGUGUACUACGCGAUGGACGGGGCCAUCACAUGCCGCGGCACGUGCGACGCCGGCGCGUGGCGCUCCAGCCCCUCCUCUCCCGCGUCCUUCGACGUCAACAAGUCGGGUGUCGCGGUGACGCCGCGCAAGGACGGCCGUGCGGUGGACGGCGUCGACUUCGGCUUCACCGUGGAUGGCGAGCUGCUCAUACGCGCCUACACGACCAUCGGCAACCUCGCUGCCCGCUUCGUCACUUUCUACCCCAUGGCGGCGGCAAAGGAAUCCGGCUACGUGACUUCAUCGUCGGUACCGCCUGGCUCGCACGUCUCGUUUGAGCCGACGUGCCUGGACCAGCAGGUCACCACCGGCAGGGGGUCAGACAUCUGGAGCUGGACGAGCACCGCCACCUUAACGGGGCACCUCAAUACGCAGACCAACGCGUACAAGUCGGGCGACAACUACUACCAGAAGUUCGGCGGCAACCACCGUCAGUGCGACGUCUACCGCGAGAACCCGUGCAAGUACGCGCCGUUCAUGACUCCGACGCUAAACGACGACAACAACAAUGCCGAGAACAACAGGACCGCCUCGGUGCAGUGGAAGCUGUACGUGAACGACUGCGAUGCCACGUGGGUCGGUAAGGCCUCCGUGGAAUCGUUGCGUGCGCUGCGCCAGCCCGACGGCUCGUCGACCUUCAAGCUGGAGGAGCACGGCACGUACCUCGUCGGCACGGUCUACUCCCAGUCCGUGAAGCCGGCGGACUGGACGUCGCCGUCGUCGGGCAUCGUGCACAUCGAGCAAGCCUACGCCGUGCGCCUGAAGAUCCACAACACCCUCGUCGUCGAUGCCGCGGCGCAGCCCAUCUCCGCCUCCGUCGUGCCGACAGCCUCCCAGCUCAGCAUCAGCGCCGAUGUGCAGUUCGCGUCUGGCAAGACGAAAGACACGGACGAGCGCCUCUUCGCCUACUCCCUGCUGCUCUAUCCCGUCUUCGCUGUCAACAACACACCGGCCAACAUCACGACGUUGAAGUUGAAGGUGGCCUCCGUGUCGCUGCUGCAUGAGACAUGGACGUCGCCGAGCCACGUGGAGUGCCCCAUGUGCACCGGCUCGAUGAUCAGCUGCACGGGUACCGGCAACAAGUACGAAACUGACUGUGGCAGCAAGGCCCUCAUGACCUUCGAGGACAUCAGCGAGACAUCCUCCCAGUUCGAGGACUGGGGCGGCUGGCAAGAGGCCUCCAGCAUCUUCGCUAGCACGACCGUCGCUACGCAGAACGCCUUCAACGUGACCUUCGCUGCCCGCGCCAACGGAAAGGGCAGCGCGAGCGCGACGGACGCCUACCCCGUCGGUUCCUUCGCCAUGGCCGUGAAGCUAAGCGACGGGCAGACCUUCCACGUUGUGGUGAACCAGACGGACUACAUCAGCGAGCUGAACACGCGCUUCCUCAACACAGAGAUGUGCCGCCCGAGCGGCUACUGGCCGGUGGCCGACCCGCUCGGCUCCUCCGUCCCGGUGCAGCCGUACAACUCAACGCCUCUUGCCUUCCCAGGCGGCGCUCCAGCGUCGACGGCGUCGCACGAGGACGGAGAGAAGGACCCGUCCAAGGAGAAGGCGUACCUUGGUGCACCGGAGCGUCUGACGCCGCUGGCCACGUGCGAUGCGCUGCCAAAUAUCGAGAGCACGCACGUGCAGCUGACCUCCCUGAAGGCCAACAUCACGGACGGCGACCAGGUGCGCAGCGUGUCGAUGUGCGCCGUCGCGGACGAGCGCACCUUUGGGGUGACGGACUGGGUCAUGUUUUCCCUCCCCAGCAUCCAGGAGGAGCUCGAAAAGGUGACAGCGGAGAACAUCGACAACAUCAUCGCGGACCGCGAGCUGACCAACGACGACGCCUACACAGUGGCGGAGCUGCAGUACCUGAUGCUCUCCGUUCCCGCCGCGGAGAUCGGCAGCAGCCUCCUGGCCGGUGCCGUCUCGACUGACUACAUCAACAUUCUUCUCGACGGCGACAACGCCCCACCGGCGGAGCGGACGGAGGAGGAGAUGUGGAUGCAGUCGGGCAGCGACGCCUCCUCGUUAUCGACGACGAGCUACCUGCCGUGGGAAGUCUAUGCGUCAUCACUCAGCUACCGCCGCAUCGGCCUUCGCACGAGCACCGGCAAUACGAGCAUCAUCUCUGAGCCCUUCAACUUCGCCUUCAUUCCAGGCUCGCUGCUGCAUUCGUCCAGCAGCGUGCGUGUGCAGAUGGCGGUGAGUGCUUCCAUCAGGUUCUCCACCUACGCGCAUACCGCAGCUAACGCCACGCACGCCUCGCAAGUGGUGAAGACGGCCGAACGCGACGAGGGGCUGCUGUACGUCGUGUCGCUGAGCCGCAGCAUCUCGUCUGCUCUGCGCUUCGAGAGCGACACGUUCAGCCCGGUGAAGCCCACGACGGGCAGCAUCGGCAAGAAGUCCGCGACGGCCAUCCUGAUUGUGCUGAUCAUCGCCAUCAUCUGCGUGCUCGCGGCGUCGGUAUACGUCGAGGUCACGUACAAGCGCAUAAUCCACAACGCCAAGUACCACCCGAAACGCCCGGACAGCGCCGUCGGCAUCCGCUACGGUCGCGACGGCAAGCCCAAGGAGAAUCAAAAGACAGCAAAAGAGGGCAGUCGGGCGGAGGUUUCGAUGCCCGCGUCUGCUUCCAAGACCCGCGCGGCUGCUGGCACCUCUGGGGAUGCGGCAGAGACCAACAUAAAGACGAAGUUUGGCGUCGUGCGCGGAGAGCAGACACGCAUACCAGAGGCCGUGGCGGGUUCGAGCUCUGCGUCGAGCGGGCCGAGUGCGACAGCAGAGAAGAAGGAGGACACGUACAAGGUUGUGAACCCGCCCAUCGGCGAAGAGCAGACGCGCGUGGCAGACGACGAAGUGGCGCAGUUCUAA